AUGAGAGUGUGGCGUCGAUCAACUUUUCUGCGUCUUGGUUACAACGCGCUGAUGCGAAAAGAGUUAAAAAAAGAGCAAGAGUUGCGCGACGAUAUGAUUCGCUCGCUUAUGCCCAGCGAAGUCGCUCAAGAAGUGAUGCGGGAUGUGGGUAAUGAGGAUGCGGAUGACGCGAUGGAUGGUGGCGAAGAUGCGGGGUUGGCUAAUGGAAAAACUAAAGGCAAACGCGCUACCAAAAGGUCUAAGAAAAACCAGAUGGGUGCAGAUCCGUCGGCAGAUGAGUUUGGAGCGGCGGGUAUGGGCUUAUCGAACGAGUUUGAUGAAGACGAUGAAGAUAGCGAAGUUCACAAAAAACAGAGUACAGCUAGUAAUCCUGAUUGGGAUGGGCACGGCCCACCUCCCGAGGACGCUGAAGCAGCAUCGGCCUCACCUCGUGCGAGUCUUGCUCCAAAGACUAGCGGUCCACCACGUGCCGUGACGUUCCGCAAAUUUCAUGUUAGCCAGCUGGAAAAUGUUAGUGUGCUGUUUGCCGAUAUUGUGGGUUUCACAAAAAUGAGUUCCAACAAGUCUGCCUCGCACUUGGUCUACUUACUCAAUGACCUGUUCGGCCGGUGA